AUGACCCCUGUUGCUCCAAACAACCCUCUGCCACCUCAUGGGCCGACCGUUAACAUGAUUGAGAAUUAUCAGGAAGAUGAUCUCGUCACCAACGCUCAAGAUGUCAGAACCCCGUUGGUUCCAAUGCAUGUGAAGAUGUGUAACGUAGGUAUGUUUAGCCACGAUCAUAUCAAUUGUGAGGUGUGUUCUGCGGAUCCCCACGGGUGCAUUCAAGUUCAAAAUGAUGUACAAGGGUUAAUGGAUCAAGGAGAGCUGGUUGUCACAAGAGAAGAUAAGAACAUUUGUGUUGUAAUUCCUGUGUUUAAGGAUAGGACGAAACCAAUUGGUGUUGUUACUCCGAUAUUCAAAGACAAUGUCAAGACAAUUGUCAAUCCUUUGGCAAUUUGUGUGCCAAAACCCAAGCUGUUUUUCUCCCAGAAGGCUAUUCCAUAUAGCUACGAAUCUACAAGCAUAGAGGAUGGUAAAGGGGUACUUUUGGGUCCUUCAACUUCAGUAGAUAACAUUGCUGAGAGUAGUCAAAUUCUGAGAAGUGGACGUAUUCUUCCGGCUGUUGUACAAGCAAAGAACAAAGCUCCGGUGAUAGAAUCAGUGCCAAUACCAGAUCCUAGCAAGGGUAAAAGUGUAGGUCAACCUAGUGGAACUGAUAACGAUGAAAUUUUGAAACUGAUCAAGAAAAGUGAUUAUAAGAUAAUGGAUCAGUUAUUACAGACUCCAUCCAAGAUCUCUAUCAUGUCACUAUUGACAAGUUCUGAUGCUCAUAGGGAAGCCUUGAUGAAAGUAUUGAAUCAAGCCUACGUAGACCAUGAUGUGACUUUGGAUCAAUUUGGGAGCAUUGUUGGAAAUGUGACGGCAUGCAACAACCUGAGUUUCAGUGAGGAAGACCUCCCGGUGGAGGGGAAAAAUCAUAACAUGGCCUUACAUAUCUCUGUUAUGUGCAAAACAGAUUCUCUGUCCAAUGUCUUGAUAGACACUGGUUCUUCCCUCAAUGUGAUGGCGAAGACAACCUUUGAUAAAUUGACGUAUUCAGACGGAUUUAUUAGGCCCAGUUGCGUGUCGGUAAGGGCAUUUGAUGGAUCCAGGAAGACGGUGUGGGGAGAAAUAGAUUUACUUAUCACUAUUGGGCCCCAAGAGUUUAAAGUUACAUUCCAGAUAAUGGAUAUUCAAGCUUCCUACAGCUGUUUACUUGGUAGACCAUGGAUUCAUGAAGCAGGGGCAGUAACAUCCACUCUUCACCAAAAGCUAAAGUUUGUGAGUCAUGGAAAGCUUGUUACAGUGAGUGGGGAAUCAGCUCUUUUGGUUAGCCAUUUGUCGUCCUUUUCCUUCAUUGGUGGUGAAAGUCCGGAUGGAACGUCAUUCCAAGGGUUCUCGGUUGAAAGCGGUACUACAAAAGGUGAAACAUGCAUGGCCUCUCUAAGGGAUGCUCAGAGAGUAAUCCAAGAAGGAAAAGCGGAAGGCUGGGGGCAAUUAGUACAGUUGCCCGAGAACAAGCGCAAAGAAGGUUUGGGUUUCUCUGGCAAUAAGCAAGUGGUGUUCGACCCAACUAGGGGCACUUUUCACAGUGCCGGAUUCAUUAAUACACCACCUGAGACUAAUGCAAUUUUGGAAGAUCAAUCAGAAGAGGUGGUACCUGACUUUGUGACUCCUGAUGGAAACUGCUGCAACUGGAUUGCUGUUGACAUCCCUUCUGCGAUACCUUUUUCUAAACUGAACAUAAGUGAGCCCGUUGAACGUAGUGACCCUAUGCUUCCGCCCAACUUGGAGUUCCCUAUUUAUGAGGCUUGGGUAGAGGAGGAUGAAGAGAUUCCUAAUGAGCUUAGAUGGAUGUUAGAGCAAGAAAGAAAAGCCAUUCAGCCUCAUAAGGAAGAAAUAGAGUCGAUCAACCUGGGUACUGAGGAAGAUAAGAAAGAGAUUAAGAUUGGAGCGUCAUUAGAGGCAUUUGUCAAGAAUAUGAUAAUUGAGCUUCUCAGAGAGUAUGAUGAUAUAUUUGCGUGGUCCUACAAAGACAUGCCAGGGUUAGACCCUGAUGUUGUUGAACAUCGUUUGCCUCUAAAGCCCGAGUGUCCUCCAGUCAAGCAGAAGUUAAGAAGAUCUCAUCCAGAUAUGGCUCUCAAGAUCAAAGAGGAAGUGCGAAAACAAAUUGACGCAGGUUUCUUGAUUUCCUCUGAAUAUCCUCAAUGGUUGGCCAACAUAGUGCCCGUUCCGAAGAAAGAUGGUAAGGUCAGAAUGUGUGUUGACUAUCGGGAUUUGAACAAAGCUAGUCCGAAGGAUGAUUUCCCUUUACCUCACAUUGAUGUAUUGGUUGAUAGUACUGCUAGAUGCAAGGUGUUCUCCUUCAUGGAUGGAUUUUCCGGGUAUAACCAAAUCAAGAUGGCUCCGGAAGAUAGAGAAAAGACGUCUUUCAUCACGCCAUGGGGCGCUUUCUGCUACUUAGUAAUGCCAUUUGGAUUGAUAAAUGCUGGCGCCACUUACCAGAGAGGCAUGACUAAAAUAUUCCAUGAUAUGAUACAUAAAGAGAUUGAAGUAUAUGUGGAUGAUAUGAUUGUCAAGUCAGGCACUGAAGAAGAACAUGCUGAGUAUUUGUUAAAGAUGUUUCAACGGUUGAGAAAGUACAAGCUCCGGUUGAAUCCUAACAAGUGUACCUUCGGUGUUAGAUCUGGCAAGCUCUUGGGUUUUAUCGUUAGUCAGAAAGGUAUUGAAGUAGAUCCCGACAAAGUCAAAGCUAUCAGGGAAAUGCCGGUUCCAAAGACAGAGAAACAAGUUAGAGGUUUUUUGGGAAGAUUGAACUACAUCUCCAGAUUCAUCUCCCAUAUGACUGCCACAUGUGGACCGAUAUUCAAGUUACUCCGUAAAGAUCAGGGGAUCGUUUGGACGGAAGAUUGCCAGAAAGCUUUUGAUAGCAUCAAAGGGUAUUUGUUAGAACCUCCGAUUCUUGUCCCUCCAGUUGAAGGAAGGCCUUUGAUCAUGUACUUGACUGUGUUGGAUGAUUCCAUGGGCUGCGUGCUUGGUCAACAAGAUGAAACUGGAAAGAAAGAGCAUGCCAUUUACUACUUGAGUAAGAAGUUUACUGAUUGUGAGUCCCGAUAUUCUAUGCUUGAGAAAACUUGUUGCGCUUUGGCAUGGGCCGUUAAGCGUCUCCGUCACUACAUGGUUUACCACACUACUUGGUUGAUAUCCAAAAUGGAUCCGAUCAAGUACCUUUUUGAGAAGCCGGCGUUAACAGGAAGAAUUGCUCGUUGGCAGAUGUUAUUGUCUGAAUAUGAUAUUGUGUAUCGCACUCAGAAAGCCAUCAAGGGUAGUGUUCUUGCUGACCAUUUGGCUCAUCAACCAAUUGAAGACUAUCAGCCUAUCAAGUUUGAUUUCCCAGAUGAAGAGAUCAUGUAUUUAAAGAUGAAAGAUUGUGAUGAACCGUUGUUUGGUGAAGGUCCUGAUCCAGACUCUAAGUGGGGUUUGAUUUUUGAUGGAGCCGUCAAUGUCUUUGGUAAUGGAAUAGGGGCAGUUAUCCUUACUCCUAAAGGUACUCACAUCCCUUUCACUGCAAGACUCCGGUUUGAUUGCACGAACAAUAUUGCAGAAUAUGAAAUCAAAGGAAAAUGGGAAACUCACCAUGCUGGAUUGAUACCUUACAGAGACUAUGCAAGACGUUUAUUGACUUUCUUCAACAAGGUGGAGUUGCACCACAUUCCUCGGGAUGAGAAUCAAAUGGCAGAUGCCCUAGCAACUUUAUCUUCAAUGAUCAAGGUGAAUCGAGGCAACGACGUGCCUCUAAUCAGUGUCAAGUUCCUUGAUAGGCCCGCUUAUGUGUUUGUAGCUGAAGCAGUUUUCGAUGAUAAACCGUGGUUUCAUGAUAUUAAAGUGUUUCUUCAAACUCAAGAGUACCCUCCUGGGGCAUCCCGUAAAGAUAAGAGAACUCUAAGAAGACUGUCUGGCAAUUUCUUCCUGAGUGGAGACGUCUUGUACAAAAGAAACUUUGAUUCAGUUUUGCUCAGAUGUGUGGACCGACGUGAAGCAGAUUUAUUAAUGCAUGAGAUACACGAAGGCUCGUUCGGGACUCAUUCUAGUGGAUAUUCAAUGGCUAAGAAGGCAUUGAGAGCAGGCUACUACUGGAUAACGAUGCAUGCUGACUGUCAUCAUUAUGCCAAGAAGUGCCACAAGUGCCAAAUUUAUGCUGAUAAAAUUCAUGUUCCACCGUCUAUGCUCAAUGUUAUCUCUUCUCCAUGGCCGUUUUCUAUGUGGGGCAUUGAUAUGAUUGGUCGAAUCGAACCAAAAGCUUCCAAUGGACAUCGUUUUAUACUAGUGGCUAUUGACUACUUCACCAAAUGGGUCGAAGCGGCAUCUUAUGCUAAUGUGACCAAACAAGUAGUAGUCCGAUUUAUCAAGAACAAUAUCAUAUGCCGUUAUGGCGUUCCCAACAAGAUCAUCACGGAUAAUGGCACGAAUUUGAACAAUAAAAUGAUGAAGGAAUUAUGUGAUGUGCGUACUUCAACAGGGGCAACCCCUUUUUCUUUGGUAUAUGGGACGGAAGCGAUACUUCCGGUAGAAGUUGAAAUCCCGUCAUUGAGGGUCUUGAUGGAAGCUGAGCUGUCAGAGGCUGAAUGGUGUCAAAAUAGGUAUGAUCAGUUGAAUUUGAUUGAGGAAAAACGCAUGGCUGCUUUAUGUCAUGGACAUCUAUAUCAGACAAGGAUGAAACAAGCGUUCGAUAAAAAGGUUCGACCCCGUGAAUUUAAAGAAGGUGACCUGGUGGUCAAGAGUAUCAAGUCUUUCCAACCAGACCCUAGGGGAAAGUGGACACCUAAUUAUGAAGGUCCCUAUGUGAAUUUGGCAACAAAUGCAAAUGGACAAAUACAAUGGAACAAAAUAACAGUAAAGGGGUAUGCUGCAACAAUAACAGUGAAGCUCACAUUAGGUUUACUAUCAAAGAGCCUACAUUUGAGCAAAUUUUCCAAGCUAGUGUCCUCUGGUGCUAAUCCCAACCACUGGACUAAGACUAGACGAGUUGGAGGAGUAAUGGCAGAGUCUAACCAAGAGUCCAAAAUUACCAUAAGUUCAACGAUCUGGUGGUUGUCAAGAGCAGAUGGAGGUAGUUCAGAGAAUGAAAGAGUGGCAGGGUCAUGGUGA